AUGAAAGUGUUGUUGAGUCUCAGCGUUCUGCUCUGGUCUCAGUAUGUAAAGUCCAGAGAAGAGGGGACCUACCUCUGUGUGGUGUCCGCCUGUGGACACACUCUCACUGGGACAAGGAUCCAUGUGAACGGAGAAGAACUGCUCGGCCUGAGUCCAGCUGUCAUUGUCCUGACCGUGUUGAACAUAGUUUUGUGCUCGGCUGUGGUCGUCCUGGUGCGGAUGGUUUGCAGCUUGAGGAAGAAUCAGCUCAAAGAAGUGGACUCUGGCCUUGGCCCGACUCACAGGGAACAGGCUGAAGAUGAGGUGACGUAUGCAGGAGUGAAGGUGGUGCCCAGAAGUGCCUCAGUCUCACAACGACUGGACCCAGUGGUUUAUUCUGAAGUGAAGAAACGACAAGACAGACCACCGAGAUGUUACUAG